GGGAAAACCGUCACGACAUUAUGGCUGCGGGUGACUUGCCCUUUCAACUGACAUCAUUCUUAACCUCUGUCCACUACACUGACUCCUUGACCAAUGGCCAAUCAGAGUUCAGAUCAUAAACAGUAUGAUUAACCCAUCAACAUGUGGCUAUUUAAAUAAGAAGGGGAUUGCUGGUUUGUUCUUUAAACACCAUUCACUGUUGAGAUUCACAGAAGUUGCAGACAAAUCUCAAUGAAGAUGGAUUUAUUGCAGUAUCAUUUCAUUGCUGCCAUUACCAUUAUUACAUCAAAUGGAGCAGUUCUGCCAGUUACAGAGAGGAAACACAAAGUAACCCUGGGCUUUAAAUCUCUCCAAAAGUCUAAACCAGAGAGCAUGUAUGGACUUCCUAAAAUUGUGGUGCCUGAGCUUGAAAAAACCCUUGCUACAAAAUCCCAGAGCAACAUGUCAAGUAUAAAGGAAGAUACCAUUCUCCAAGGCGAAUUUCCUGGACAGUUUUUCACCCCUAAAGAAAUCAGGGCUAUGAAUAAUGUGUUGAAUAAAGCUAACCUGAUUCAAAGUAACAGGAAGAAAAGAACAUUGGACUCAGACAUUUGUUGUAGAACAAAUCUGUGGUUUGGCUCUGCACCUGAAAGUAUGAAGGAUUGGAAGGGAGAGGGCCCAUACACCUUUCUCAAGGGAGCACAGACCUUUCAAGCCUAUGCCAGAGGAGACUGUGGGGCAGAGAAUCCGCAACCACCCUGCCCCGAAGGAGGAACAUGUCGACAGAAACAGCGCCUACACUUGCUCUGGGUGGAAAGCAAAACUGAGCCUGGUAAAGCUGAGCUGAAGUACUUCUACAUCAACAACCACUGUGCAUAUGAAAGUCUAACAUACACGGCCUCCAUAGGACAAAAGCCUGACAUCCGGCUACCUGUGGCUCAAGCACUGACCAGUGGUGACUCUGCAGGUCUUGACACUUUGCGGACACUGUAUCCAAGUUACCCUGGUCUGCCUUGACUUAUGUGAGAGAACCUAAAAAGCCAUUUUGUCUCAAGUUGGUAUCUCCUUAAGUACUACUACUAGCCAGUUCAUCUUUUGGGCUGCACCUUGUUAGAUUUUGUAGAUAUCCAAAGAUACAUGUAGGCUGCGUUUCUAAAGUGAAGACAAUUCAAUGUUGAAAAAAAUUGGAUGUCUCAAAACUCUAACCAUACAAAGCAGAAAGUAUAAUGUACAGCAGGUUUUAUUUCAAGUUUAGGAAAACAGUUUUAGUCCCAAAUUAUUUAAAUUUUGUUACCCUUACCCUCUUCACAAAAAAGUUGCAUUAUCCAAAAAAGAAAAAAACACAUUAAUUACUUUGUACGCAACUUGUUAAGUAGCCAAUGAAUAACACUUACCAAGAAAUGUACAUGGAAUGUAUUGGCGAGGGGUAUAAAUUCUUUCUUGAAAGCUUAUCAGUGCUAGGGAAGAAGGGUUUAGGAAACGGAUUUCAUCUAAGUAUGGUUAGAUGCAUCUCCUUCUCAUCUAGACUCACUAACAUUUCAAAAAUUUAGCUAUGUAGUACUCAUUCAUUCAAGUAAUUACACUAGCAUUAUCUUUUCUGGUCAUUAAGAACAGCACUGUAUAAGACUGUAAACACUUCCGUGUUCUGGAUGUUGACUGCAGUGUCCACAGUCUAAAAACCUUGGCUGCACUCCAUCCACUUCUUUGCCCAAAGCUAAGUUUCUUGCAGGUGGCAGUUAUGACGCUAUGAGAAAUUGACAAUCAUGCCAAGACUCACUCCAGUAAAAUUUUCUUUAGCCAAAAAGAUGUACCUUACCUCAGCCAAAUCAAAUAAUUUUGUUCAUAUCAAUGACAGAUGGACUUUAAAACAUAAAUAAAAGAAUUGUUACAUUCUUCAUCAAAAUCAAUAGUGCCUAGCUAACCCCCUGGUAAUAUCCCAUUUAUUUAUUUCAACACAAGCCCAGAGCUGUGACCACAAUGACCUAUAUACAGUGUCAACUUGACUUUAAUCAAUAUAACAAUGCUCUUUAAAAACUUUUUAAUGCAUAAUGAACUACCUCAGUCUGCCUUAAGGUAGCUAGCCCAGCCAAUAUAUAUCCUGGCAAAUCAUCUACAUACAAUAAGAUGUGAAUCCAGGGGUUUGCUUAUUGUUUUAUUGUCAUUAGCUUUUUCAUAGCAAAUGAUGUAGUUGACCUACAUACAAAAACCCAUGAAACCUGGGCUUCAUUACAAGGGCUACUAGAAAGGAAAACAGUGUAUUAUCAACUUGAAAAAAAAAUGUCACCUUUGGUCAAAAGGUGAUUUAAUCUGGUGUGAGCAAGCAGGCAAAUAGUAAAACAAGAAUAAGUAUGGGUUUUGCAGGCCAGAGUUUAAAGACCUUUGCCUGACUGGCAUAAAUCUUAGGCUAUGUUAGGCUAUGUUAGGGUAAGUAAACGUCAUCUUUAUAUGGGCUUGCCCAAAGCAGUAAAGACAUUUUUUGUACAUGCACAUUAUCUGAAAUUAUAGUAACCAAAGUGCCUUGUUUACCUUUGGUAUUAAAGUAGAUAUGAUGAUGAACCUCCAAUAAAUUGACAUAAGUUUCUAGUACAGGUUUACAAAAUGUAGGGAAAACUAACAUAAUUAUUGUUUUUUUUUCUUAAGACAUCUGUUAUGCAACCCCAUCUUGUUAAUAUAUUGAGUAACCAGCAAUCCCUGUAAGAUUGCACAGAAUAAAGCAUAUAUGAGCUCUUUAA